UUCAGAGAUAGCGCAGGUACAUUAUUGAUGGCUGCUGCCACAAGGAUGAAUGUGGAAUGGGAUGCUAGACUCGCUGAAGCUGCGGCAGCUCGUUUCGGGGUGAUGAUGGCUCGUCGAAUGCAAUAUCCGAAGGUGUGGCUGGAAGGUGAUGCUAUGACAAUUAUCUCGGCCGUGAGAGGAAAGGAGCGAGGCUACGCCCCAUUCUUUUCUUUAAUAUCUGAUGUAAUUACCCUUAGUGAGGGUUUUGAAGAGUUUCGAUGUAGCCAUGUUAGAAGAGCGGGGAAUACCGUUGCUCACUUAGUAGCGAGAUGGGAAGUGAACUUCCAUAGUGAACGUAUUUGUAUGCACUCUUUUCCCCAAAGUGUGACAUCUUUGGUGGAGCUUGAUUUAACAUAAUAAAACGGUUUCUCGCGUUUCCUCUCAAAAAAUAUUAUGUUAUACACUAAGAGUUUUUAUUUAUGAGUAAUCUAUACAGCAAAAGAUUGAUAGAGAUAAAGAAGUUAAAGGACCAUUGGAAAUGACAUGUGACCUAAACCAACUUCCGAAUCUCAUAGAAGACGAAGAUCUAAGCAAAUCAAAGUCCAUUGCAAUUUACGAUCAAUCUAUAAUAGAUACUCCUCUUCACAAGAACAAGAGUCACGAGCUCAAAGGCAAAGGCAAAGGCAAGGAAAGUAUAGAGGAUACCUUUUCAUCGGAAUUAUCUAAGCACAAGAUAAAACACAAUAUUGAUGACGAAGAUGUACAAAUGUUUGCAAGAAAAGUUGAUCUAAAUGACCCCCCAAAUCUCCCAAUAACAGACAAUUUAAGCAAGUCUAAAGGCAAGGAAAAAAUGGUGGUAGUAGGGCACAAUGAAGAGGAUUCUUUAAGUACAAUGAAAUCUGAAUUACUUAAAAAAGUUAGGAGGCGUCAAACAAAAGUGGCAAUAUCUCAACCAACCAACCAACAAGAGAAUGCACCUAUUGACACUGUUGUCAAAGUCACAACAAGAAGACCUGAAGGAAUAUCAACCCCAAUUUGGUUCACUUUAGUUGCUGCCAAAGACCAGAAAGGAGAGGCAUCAUUACCACAUAUAUCACCCAAUUGUUUGCGUAUAAAGGAUGAAAACUUGCCUAUUUCAGUUGUUAGAAAGUACAUCGCCAAAAAACUCAAUCUCACUAAUGAACAUGAGGUGGAGAUAAUGUUACAUGGUCAUCCUGUGAUUCCUUCAUUGAGACUUCGUAACCUUGUGGAUGUUUGGUGUCAAACUGCACCAAGUGGAACUCAGGAAAUCCAAACCUCAGUUGGGAACUCAGCUAAAGACUUUGUGUUGCUUCUAUCCUAUGCUAGAAAAGUGGCAUCUCCUUAA